AUGAGAAGCCAUAAAAGCCUAAUGCCUGGCAGAUCCUUUGUAGACAGAAAUAAGAAGGACAUUGCAGGUGAAGGAAAGAACAUGAGCAAAGACAGGAAGAAGAAGAAUAGGGAUAAAUUAUCCCGGAAAGGGAUAGUUACCACCUCCAAUCCCAAUCUGGAAAGUACUCCUAAGCAGGAUGCACCUCCUGCCACCAUGAGCAACUUUGCCAAGAGUAAUACUGAAUUGUACCAUCGCUACAAAGAACUGGCCCCCAAGCUGCUGGAUGAGAUCUCAAAGCUUCUGAUCACCUGCCGGAGUUUAGGCAUUGUCAUGCCCAGGGGCAUAAAAAACAUCUUUGAGUUCACAUGGGAGGAGCUCAUCAUGGAACCACCCAGCCCAACAUCAUCCAAGAUCGCUGGCCUUGAAGUCUUGCUUGGACCAACUUCUCCAAGCAUGGAUUUAUCUAUUUCUCCUGGGCUGUCCAGGAAGCCCAUGACCAAGAAUUCACCAUACCCAUCUCCGUCCUAUUUCCAACCCAUAACCAACAGCCAGCAGACACUCCAUAAAUUCCAAAAGAAAUCAAUUUACUUAUUGUCAGAACUCCUUGCCCUUAAGCUGAAGAUGUUGUUGGAGUCAUCAUCAGUUUCAAGCCACCUGGAUCUUUCAAGGCAGUAUACUGAAUCAAACCAGCUCCUGCGUUUCAAGGCCAAGGAGAUGAUUUUAGAGUCUAUGUUGGACACAGUUGGACUGGGGAAAGGAGGUGGUGGACACCAACUCCCAGUCUAUACUGCGAUAGGGGUGAACGGUCCUUACCAGCUCACCUAUCAGCCUUCUAAUGCCUGUUUGAGUUUUUCACUCUCCGGAGCAAAAGAAAAAAGAGAAACCCCAAGUAAAAGUAAACUAAUUCCUGACGAGCCCAAUGGAAAAAUUUUGGGAAACAGCAUUCCUAGUGAACUCUUUUUCCCUAAUGACCCCUGCAUUCAAGCCCGAGAAAGACUACAGACAAUGUGUCGCAUGAUAGAAGCUGAAAAGAACUCAUGGAAAGGGAGAAGAUAUUCUUCCCCUAUUGUUUUACACAACUACACUGAUAAAAGGUCUAAUUUUCACUCAUCAAGUCUAUUUAAAAAGGACUCGAAGACUGCCUUAAAUGCCAUGGAGCGUGCUCCCUAUCCUAUCGGCCAUCAUUCUCAGUCACUGGAGACCAAGUGGAAAAGGGCCUUCAGAUUUCAUUAUUCCUUCUAUGAUGGGACCACCUUUGUUUUCUAUCCUUCAGGACAUGUCGCUGUGAGUCAGAUUCCUACAUGCUGCAAGGGAAGAUAUACAACAUGCAUUUUCAAUGAUACAUCAAACUUCCCCAUAAUAGGUCUGUUUACUGCUGAAGGCCAUGGAAGUGUGAACUAUAACCUCAAAAACCGCUGUCCAUGUAUGUUUAUGAUGAAUCAUGAAGGAGGGUCUAUAAAAGACUCCUCGGGGCAUACAGUUCACAAAUGGAGUUGGACCUCCAAGAAGCGCACCUUGUUAUCAUUAGAGUAUAAGAUGAAUGAACAAAUUAAAUUGAGGAUAUUCGGUCAAGAUUGCAUAACCCUCACCUUCAGCGACCUGAAUGAGACUGUAUCUCUAGUCAUUUCACCCACGGAUUGUCCUCAUGGGGUACCCCGUGAGAAGCGGUAUUCUUUUAGAAGCUCAACUGAAGAGAGAACAUCCAAGAUGAUCCGAGCACUGGUUGAAAUUAAGAAGAGAUUUCAGAAGACAGUAACUCAAUUUAUGAAUUCUGUUUUACUGUUAGCAGGUCUCCUCACAAUAGACUAUCCACUGAAGGAUGAAAUAGAACUCGGCCGUUUCAGGAAGAAAUCGCCAUCCCAUAUACAGUGGAUUCAGAAGUCGGCUUCGGAAUCCCUGUCCCACACUCAUUCAACAGUACAUACCUCUUCGGCAGACUCAUUCCGAGAUGACUCUUCAUCAGGAAUCCUGAGCACUCUUCAGAGGAAAUCUAUCAGAUCUCUCUCCAGAGGCCCAGCCAGGUCCAAAUCUGCCACCAUGGCAGAGCUUCGUCCUUCUAAUGCUUGGGCUAUUGCUCUUGCCGACUGUCCCCUGAUGCUACGGAAGUUCUUGCUCAAGGAAGACACUAGUCUUGGCUGCAGAUGUCUGGUGAAAAUCCCAAUAGUCUCAGACUUGGAGUUUGAGCAGUUCAUCUCAGCUCCCAGGAGCCCCGACCAAAUCCUGGUGGUUGGUGUGAUGACUUCCCAGAAUCCUACCAAAACGAGCCAUUUGGAGUGGACCCUGGAUAGGCUCUAUUUACAUAAUCAGUACGGCCGGCCCUCCCCUUGCAUUCAGUGUCGGCAUGACCCUUACCGCCUGCUACGCUAUGAUAUCAAUGGUAUCCUACGGAAGGAUCCGCCAUUGUUGGUGCAGAAGUAUGCAGUCAUGCCUGGAAUGAUUCUGGAUAGAGAUCUCCAGAGCUCAGAUUACAGCCAACUCAAGUGUUCUCAGGGCCUUCUGCCUGUGGAUUCCAGUUGUAUUCUCCAGGCAGUAAUCUCCCAAACUCAGCAAACAAGUACCCUCUCCCCCUUUUUUCAGAGCUCUGAAGGUCAUAAGAAUCAAGAAGAGAAACAACAACAGGAAAUAGUAAAAGAAACAAUUCCUGAGGAAAAGCCACUUGAGAAUGAAGAGAUGGUAGAGGAGGAUUUCAGGAAAAAAAGCAUUACCUCACCGUCACCAAUAGCAGGUAAACCCAUGCUGCUAGAGACCCUUAUCGAAUCAGGACCACCAACGCUGUUGGAGCUAAAGAUCCGCAAGAAGUCUAUAUCAUCUCGAAAGAGAGAAAAAAAGUCAAAGAAAUGAUGCCAUCUUCCUCAGGAAGAUAUUCUCCUAAGGAUGCCAGUGCUGGCUGGUCAAAGGGCAUAGGGUCCAUGAACGAUCUUUAUUGUUUUUAUUGUUUGAUUUUUUUUUUUUUUUUGCUUCUCCUUCCACCUUCCUCUCCAAGGGUUUGUUAGAGACAGUUGUGAAUAAUAAACAUGAACUUCUGGAAACCCAACAGGAAGUCCCAGGAACGGUCUGGCCAAACUGGUUUCCCUCUCCUCUCUCAGUGUUGGCAUUCCUUGGAAGCACUGCGGACUAAAAACUCAGAGACAAGAGUACUCUCAAAGUGAGGUCCUUAAGAACUAGUUGCCUCCUGGUUGACCAGUGACUUCAAAGAAAUAAAUGGUCCAC